CCCGAGGUUCUGACAGUCCUGAAGGAGCUGGUGAUAACCCCUGAAGAGCUGUGUGGGAGGAUGUUUGAUGACUGUGGCACACCUUACAAUCCCCUCAACGACUGGAAUGUCACCUUCCCGGCUACUCCACAACCACCACCUGUUCAACCUACCCCUCCUAAGCAAGGGUCUCCCACUCUACGAGUUCUACACUUGACAGACUUGCACUUUGACCGUGACUACAAGCCUGGGAGUAAUGCUAAGUGUGGAGAACCACUGUGCUGUAGGGAAGGCCUGGGUGCAUUGGCUGAUCCAGCUGAUGGAGCCUGGACUUUUGGCGAUUACAGAAACUGUGACACUCCUCUCUGGACCCUGGAGAAUAUGCUUGCUACAAUAGCUCAGAAUCAUACGUUUGACUACAUUAUCUGGACUGGAGAUGUGCCUGCUCACAACGUGUGGAACCAGUCUCGACAAGAUCAGAUCGACACCAUCAAUCAUGCUGUCAGCCUCAUUCUCAAGUACUUCCCUGGCAAACCAGUUUAUCCCAGUUUAGGAAACCAUGAGAGCUCUCCUGUCAAUAGCUUUCCACCACCGUACAUCACCGGAGAGCACUCCAUCUCCUGGUUGUAUGAUGCCCUGGCUGAAAGUUGGGUGCACUGGCUGCCACAAGACGCAGUGGAGUCUAUCAAAAGGGGAGCUUACUAUACAGUCACUCCAUAUCCGGGAUUCAGAAUUAUAUCCCUUAACAUGAAUUACUGCAACAAUCAGAAUUGGUGGAUGCUGCUCAACACCACAGACCCAACAGGGCAGCUUCAGUGGCUGAUAACAACAUUACAGAAUUCAGAAAAUAUCGGAGAAAAAGUUCACAUCCUGGGUCACAUCCCUCCUGGACAAAAUGAUUGUCUAAAGGCAUGGAGCUGGAACUAUUACAAGAUUGUGAACAGAUACCAAAACACAAUCGCUGGUCAAUUCUUUGGACAUACCCACAAAGAUGAGUUUGAGGUGUUCUAUGACAUCGAGACACUUCAGACCCCUGUGGGUGUGGCUUAUAUUGGUCCCAGCGUGACCCCGUUCUCUCAUUAUAACAUGGGCUUCCGAUUCUACACUGUGGAUGGAGUAUAUAACAAGAGUUCAUAUCAAGUCUUGGAUCAUGAAACUCACUACAUGAACCUAACCAAGGCACACAUAGAGGGUAACAUCACAUGGGAGUUUGAGUACUCUGCUAAGGCUGCUUUUAAUUUACCCAGUCUGUACCCCAGAGACUGGGAUAACCUGAUAAACAUCAUGAAGAAGAAUGACACAGUUUUUCAACAGUUUUAUAGAUUUUACACAAAGUCUGCAGAUCUAAAUCCCUGCACCGGUGACUGUCGGACAUCACUUCUGUGUGAGAUCCAUACGGGGCGAUCACAUGACCCUAGUCUGUGCACAGAUUUAUUCAAGACAGAGGAAGAUUUCCAGAAAAUGAUCAGCAGAAAGACCAGAUCCUGUUAA